AGAGAGAGAGAGAGCGACAUAUAUANAAGAGAGAGAGAGAGAGAGAGAGAGAGAGUUGUCAGAAAAUGGGAAGAAGCUCUCGAUUCGAAAAGGAGGACAUGAAGAAAGGAGUGUGGACAGCCCGAGAAGACCAGAUUCUGAUAGACUACGUCAAAAAGCACGGUGAAGGCAAAUGGGGAAAAAUUUCAAGAGAAACAGGUCUGAGAAGAUGUGGGAAGAGUGUGAGACUUAGGUGGUUGAAUUAUCUGAGGCCCGGUAUUAAGAGAGGCAACAUUGCAGAAGAUGAAGAGGAGCUCAUCAUCAGGCUCCACAAACUUUUAGGCAACAGAUGGUCACUGAUAGCCGGAAGAAUACCGGGCCGAACUGACAAUGAGAUAAAAAACUACUGGAAUUCCACCCUAAGGAGGAAGCUACAACAACAAAAUCACUCGAAUGAGACCAAGGAGAACUCCUUAUCCCCCAGGCGCAGUGGCGGCGCGGCCGAGGAGGACGAACCAGAGAAGGACGAACCACAUUCGACCACAAAUAAUGGAGGGGUUGGAGGAGGAGGAGGGAUGAUCAAACCAACUAGCUUGUACUGCUUUACCAAUCACAGUGUUAGGGAAGAAGAUAUUCAGCGUUAUCAUCUUGGAAGUACCUCUACUACUACCUGCACUGCCAAUAAUACUACAUUAUUCCCUGGCGGCCCCACUGUUGAAGCUGAAGCAAAAAAGACUGAUAUAGAGCUAGCUGGAGAUGACCUGAGCGAUGACGUGAUGUGGAAUGAUUUCAUAAUGGAUCUAAAUGAAGGCCAGUUAGAUAUAUCUGAAUUUCUCCAAACAGACUUUCCAAAGCUUUGUGAAUCGGAGAGUCCUAUGAAUGUGGACGUUGGGGGUUGCAGCACCACCAAUCAUGAGCUGCCAAAUAACUGGGAAGGCGGUCGUAGCCUGGUCGCCGCCACCGCCGCCGCCGAGAGUUGUCUUCCUUAG